AUGGUUUGCAGUCGUAAUAGACUUUCUCCUCUGAAAAGAAUAGCACUUCCACGCUUAGAGCUGUUAGCCGCAUUAUUGGGUGCUCGAUUACUCCAUUAUUUCUGUACGGAAACUAAACUGGAUAGGAACACAGCGACACUUUGGAGUGACUCAACAGUUGCUUUAAAUUGGAUACAAGGUGAUCCAAAUCGUUGGAAAACCUUUGUCUGUAACCGAACGAACGAAAUUCUCAAUUACACAAAUCCAACACAAUGGCGGCAUUGCCCUGGCAAUGAAAAUCCUGCCGACCACUUGUCUCGUGGUGUUGAACCAACAGAGCUUAAAUCAUUGGAUCUUUGGUGGCUAGGACCAACCUGGCUAACACAAUCAUCAAAAUUUUGGCCUUCAAAACAACUGAGUUACGCUAAUCCAGAUAUUCAUAUUGAACUACGUAAACCAACUUCUCAAUCUUUAUUGAUAACUUCUUACCAGCCUCUUAUUGAUAUAUCGCGCUUCAGUUCAUAUAUGAAACUUCUUAGAGUUACAGCAUGGAUAUUUCGCUUCUUGUAUAACUGUCGAUCCAAACAACACAUUUCUAUUGACCUCACAUGUGAUGAGCUUAACACAACAAAAAACUAUUGGAUUCUUACAGUGCAAAAGCAAUGCUUUCCAGAAGAGCUUCACGCUUUACAAAAUAAUUCCCCUUUGCCAAAAUCUUCAAAAAUUAGCCGUUUCAACCCAUUUCUUCAAGAAAAUCUCACACGAUUAAGAGGUAGAUUACAGUUCGCAUCGCUCAAAAAUGAGCAAAAACACCCUUUGCUUCUUGAUGGUUCUCAUCCUUUUGUACAUCUUUUCAUAUACUACACACACGUGAAGAUUCAUCACUUAGGUGUUCAAAUAGUACUUUCAGAGAUUCGUUCCAACUUCUGGAUAAUACGAGGACGUGAAGCCAUUAAACGAGUGCUCUAUAAAUGUCUACCUUGUAAACUCUCACAGGCAUCUAGAAGUCAACAAAUCGAAGCUCCUUUACCAAGGGACAGAAUUACACCUUGCCUUCCAUUUACUACUAUUGGCAUAGACUUCGCUGGCCCACUUUAUGUUCGUAACUUGAAACCUUUAAAUACAGCCUAUAUCACACUUUUCACUUGUUCAACUACUCGUGCUGUACAUAUUGAACUAGUCUCUGACCUCACUACUGACAAAUUUCUCAUGGCCCUAAAAAGAUUUGUAGGCAGAAGAGGAGUUCCUCAUACAAUAUGCACUGAUAACGCCACUACCUUCCAUGCCGCUAAUAAAGAGCUAUCCAUUUUAUGGGACAACUUAACAUCGUCAAAAGUUCAGCAAUAUUGUGCCCAGACGGGAAUUAAGUGGAAAUUUAUUGUUGCACGAUCGGCUUGGUGGGGAGGAUGGUGGGAACGUUUGAUCGGACUAACAAAAGGGUGUUUGCGAAAAUCUCUUGGUCGAACCUUGUUAGAUGAAGAAGGUCUUUAUACAGCAUUAGUUGGUGUUGAAGCCUCAUUAAAUUGUCGACCGUUAGUUUAUGAACAAGGAAAUGAUGAUCCUGAAGAAACAUUAACACCAUCUCAUUUUCUUACCGGUAAAAGACUUACAACCAUACCUUCACAACCUGCAGCAUAUAGUAGAAAUCUCCCGACCUGUUCAACUGAUCAUUCCUCUUGA